UAUUUUUAUACACUUCAUUUGCAAUGAAUUUAUUAAAAUGUACCGUCGAUUCCCGAUCACUAGUGCGUUUGGUACGUGAGAACUCGGAUCCUGAAUAUCCUCAGUAUACAAGCUUUUUAUCGAGGCUGAAAACAUUCGAUUCACACUCGCCUCGUUCGUGUCAAGAUAAAUAUUCACUGGCCGAAUGCGGUUUCACUUAUACCGGGUCGGACGACUUGGUUCAAUGUCACUACUGCGGCUUAUUGUUUGGGCAAUGGGAGGAAAAUGAUGAAGUGUGGCAGCAACACGCCAUGCACAACCCCAAAUGUGUAUUCGUAUUAUUAUAUAAAGGCAUGGAAUUUAUUGAAAAUGUAAAAAAUGAACUUAAUAACAAGCGUAGUAAUAAUGACGGCCUUCGAGACUGUAGUUGUAAAUCAGAACCGUAUAUUAUUGGUAAUAAUCACGAUAAUAGUAAUAGUCGAACCCAUUUAUGUAAAUCUGAAUGGUACGAUUUUGUCGGGUGAUCUUUAGCACAACCCAUGUUCUUUAUAACACA